AUGAGGAAAUUUCCAUCAUGUAGUGUUACAAUAAAAUAUUGUGGUUUAAUUAAAUCGGAAGAUAAGGGGCAACGACGUUUUAAAGAUCAAAUUAUAGUUGUACAACAAGGAAAGCAUCAUUUUUCAUUUAUUUGUAAAGGACCGGUGAAUUUUAGAGAUACAUUUCAAUUUCAAUCUCAUCCUCGUUCUGAUGACAAACCAUUUACGUUUGUUUUCUAUGUUAAUGGUCUAAUUGCUGCACGACUACCAAUGUGUUGUGAAUACAAGUAUCGUAAUGGAAUAACAAUCGACGGAAAAUAUGAACAAUUUGCAAUUCAGAACAUUAGCGGAACAAAGCCGUGUCAAAAAUGUAAAAUGGGUAGUGAAGAAUCAGCAAAAUCUUAA